GUCGCAGAAUCGGAGCCUUUCCAGGGAACCACAUUGAGGCCUAGGAGAGCCAAGACUCCUUCGGGCCCCGGAAUUUGGUACGCUCCACGCCGGUGACGCACUUCCGCUUCCGGUGCUUCGCGCAGACCCGUCAUGGCCUCCACGGGGGCGAGUCGCCGCGGUGCAGCGUCUCAGCGGCCGCCGCAGGCCCGCUCCUCGCGACAGGACAAGUAUUCGGUCCUUCUGCCUACCUACAACGAGCGCGAGAACCUGCCGCUCAUCGUGUGGCUGCUGGUGAAGAGCUUCUCCGAGAGUGCGAUCAACUAUGAAAUUAUAAUCAUAGAUGAUGGAAGCCCAGAUGGGACAAGAAAAGUUGCUGAACAACUGGAAAAGAUCUAUGGGCCAGACAGAAUUCUCCUAAGACCACGGGAGAAAAAGCUGGGCCUCGGAACUGCCUAUAUUCAUGGAAUAAAACAUGCCACAGGAAACUAUGUCAUCAUUAUGGAUGCUGACCUCUCACAUCAUCCCAAAUUUAUUCCUGAAUUUAUCAGGAAACAAAAGGAGGGUAAUUUUGAUAUUGUCUCUGGAACUCGCUACAAAGGAAAUGGGGGUGUUUAUGGCUGGGAUUUGAAAAGAAAGCUAAUCAGCCGUGGGGCCAAUUUUAUAACUCAGGUUUUGCUGAGACCAGGAGCGUCAGACUUAACAGGAAGCUUCAGAUUAUACCGAAAAGAAGUUCUACAGAAAUUAAUAGAAAAAUGUGUCUCCAAAGGAUAUGUCUUUCAGAUGGAGAUGAUCGUUCGAGCAAGACAGUUGAAUUACACCAUCGGUGAGGUUCCAAUAUCAUUUGUGGAUCGAGUUUAUGGUGAAUCCAAGUUGGGAGGAAAUGAAAUAGUCUGUUUCCUGAAAGGAUUAUUGACUCUCUUUGCUACAACAUAAAAGAAACUGUUCACUUAUAAGUUCUGUGUUCAUUUCAAUUAAAAGAAAGAGAAGCCCAAAUCACUGAUUUUUAUCAAUGUUCUUUUAACACAUGAGCCAAAGGUAAGGUGCAUUUCCUACGGAUCAUUUCUCUGGAGAAAUUCCAUUUUAUAUUUUAAAUUAAAAUUUAAAGCUA